UGUUCAUACGUUCGUCCUCUCUAAAAACCAAAACCUCUUUUCAUUAGAACAAAAUUCCUAUCUUUGUGAACAAAUUACAUCUCUUAUACUUCAGAUCUACAAGCAAAAGUUGGACCAUAUUACAAUCGUGUCUUGUCCAUCUGAAGUUGAUGGGAAUAGCUUUGAUGAGAUCUCUUCAUAUGUUUUAGAUCCUCUUUUUUUUCUCUCUCUCUUUUAGUAAUCUCAACCACAUCAAGCUCUUACCGAUUCUCAAAGGGUUAUAUAGCAAUAUAUAAGUUUAUAUGUGCAUAUCUAUGGAGAUGGAUAGCCAGAUAGUUUAUGUUGUUUGAGGAUUAGAUUUAUAGCCAAGUUGGGUUAAUUUUUCCUUUUUCUUUGCCCCCUUACUCACAUACAAACCCUAUCGGUCCGUACAAAAUACUAAAAACCCUUACUUUCCCUCUCUCUCACUCCCCAAAAGAUAUUAUCAUUUCUACUUCCACGAGAAAGGAUUAUUCAGGGAUCCACCACACCAUGAAAACCUUGCAUGUGGCGGCGAACGGAGGAGAUCUGGCGGAGGGUUGUGGAAUACUGGCCGGAGACGCUGAUGAGGCUGUUUUGAUGGAUGGAAUGGGUGAGGUCGGUAGAGAGAUCUGGUCAUUAGAUGACCAUGGAGGAGAUGGUCAUGGUCAUCGUGAAGAUGAUGAUAUAAUUGUUCACCAUGACCCUUCAAUGUUCUACGGAGAUCUACCAACACUCCCUGACUUCCCAUGCAUGUCCUCAUCUUCAUCAUCCUCAACAUCUCCAGCUCCCCUCAACGCCAUCGUCUCCUCGGCCUCUUCCUCUUCCGCUGCUUCUUCCUCAACUUCCUCAGCUGCUUCUUGGGCUAUUUUGAAGUCAGACGGUGAAGAUCCGACUCCGAAUCAAAACCAAUACGCAUCAGGAAACUGUGAUGUCGAGUCUUCAGCCGCACUACAGUCCACUGCUUCCAUGGAGAUUCAGUUGGAUAAUACUCAAGGUUUCGGUUGCGGCGAAGGCGGCGGUGAUUGCAUUGAUAUGAUGGAGACUUUCGGGUACAUGGAUCUACUCGAUAGCAACGAGUUCUUUGAUACGUCAGCCAUCUUUAACCAAGAUGAGGACACGCAAAACCUUAACUUGAUGGACCAAACGCUCGAGAGAGAAGACAAGAUCGUUGUUCCAAUGUUGGAGAAUAAUAAUAAUAAUAAUAGUGGAGGAGACAUGCAAGUGAUGAAUCCUUCGUUGGAACAAGAGGAUGAUCUUGCGGCUGUGUUCUUGGAGUGGCUAAAGAACAACAAGGAGACUGUUUCAGCUGAUGAUCUGAGGAAAGUGAAGAUAAAGAAAGCAACUAUUGAAUCAGCGGCUAAAAGGCUAGGGGGUGGGAAAGAAGCAAUGAAACAGCUUUUGAAGCUGAUUCUUGAAUGGGUCCAAACUAAUCAUCUACAAAGAAGACGCACCACCAACAACAACAACAACCUCUCGUAUCAACAAGAUCCUUUUCAAAACCCUAACCUAAUCCCACCCUCUGAUCAAACAUGUUUCUCACCGUCCACGUGGGUUCCGCCACCUACUCAGCCACCACCACCACAACAACCGGCUUUUGUUUCGGAUCCGGGUUAUGGAUACAUGCCUGCUCCAAAUUAUCCGCCUCAAGAGUAUCUUCCAUUACUCGAGUCUCCACCGACGUGGCCACCACCACAGUCUGGUCCCAUGCCACUUCAGCAAUUCACUAUGCCAAAUCCUCAGUAUACUCCAUUUCAAGACCCUGGAGGUGGUUUCACUGGAUACAACAUGAAUCCGUAUCAAUAUCCUUAUCUUCCUUCUUCUGGACAGAUGAGAGAUCAGGGGUUGCUUCGUUUGUGUUCCUCAGCUACUAAAGAGGCAAGGAAGAAGAGGAUGGCUAGACAGAGGAGGUUCUUGUCUCACCACCAUAGACACAACAACAACAACAAUCAGCAAAACCAGACUCAAAUCGGAGAAGUCUGUGGUGCGGUUGAUCCUCAGCUUAACCAUGUACCUACUACAGCCACGGGCGGGACUUGGAUGUAUUGGCCUAAUGUCCCUGCCAUGCCACCGCCGGUAUCAUCAUCUCAACUACCGGCGAUGGAGACUCAGCUGCCCACCAUGGACCGAGCUGGCUCUUCUUCUGUUAUGCCACGUCAGCAGGUGGUACCAGAUCGCCGGCAGGGAUGGAAACCAGAAAAGAACUUGCGGUUUCUCUUGCAGAAAGUGUUGAAGCAAAGCGACGUGGGUAAUCUCGGAAGAAUCGUCUUGCCAAAAAAAGAAGCUGAGACGCACUUGCCGGAGCUGGAGGCAAGAGACGGCAUCUCUCUGGCCAUGGAAGACAUUGGAACCUCUCGUGUUUGGAACCUGCGCUAUAGAUUUUGGCCGAACAACAAAAGUAGAAUGUAUCUCCUCGAGAACACCGGCGAUUUUGUGAAAACAAAUGGGCUCCAAGAAGGUGACUUCAUAGUCAUAUACUCCGAUGUCAAGUGUGGAAAAUAUUUAAUACGAGGGGUUAAAGUAAGACAACCAGCGGGACAGAAGCCAGAGGCUCCGUCGUCGUCAGCAGCUGUAACGAAGAGACAAAGCAAGUCGCAGAGGAGCAUUAACAACAACUCUCCGUCGGCAAAUAUAGUCGCUUCACCAACUUCUCAAGCAGUUAAAUGAAAAGAAAACAAUAUAAAUAUUAUUAUUAAUUAUGUACGAAAUAAUAAAGAGACGAAAAGGAAAAAAUGGCAGCGUACCUGAGUGUGCCACUUCUCGUGCAUGCAUGGGAUCUCGUGGACCGACGGAGGUUUAUGAUUAAAGCAGUUUUUGUCGAGGUCCAACUUUUACUCCAUUUUUCCUUUUUUCUCGAGAUGUUUUAAAUACCUCCUGUCACCUUAAGGAUGUUGUAGAGAUAAUUAAUUCUGGAAAUGGUGUUUGUAUUAUAUUUCAGGGGAGAUCGUUACAGUA